AUGGAAGAAGAUUUAAAGCUAUCUGUUGCGGCAUUGCAUCGAUCAGUCAUAACUGGACAGGAUACAUGCACCAAGCUGCUACUAGACAACACGAGAUUCGAACCUAUCUAUUUAAACUCGGCGCUUGAUUUAGCGGUCAAAAGCAGACACGGCCCCAUUAUCCAUUUGUUACUAGAUCAUGGAGGCAAGCCCUACUCUCUAAUAACCAAUGAUACUACACGUGCACUGCAUAUAGCAGCCAGACAAGGGGAUGAUAUAAUAGUUGCAUAUCUUCUAGAAAGGGGUGAUGGUAUAGAUAUUAUAGAAGAAGACGGAUCGACAGCGCUCCACUGGGAAGCUAAUAAAGGGCACGAUAAGGUGGUUCAAUGUCUUCUGGAUGGCGGUGCUGGUAUCGAUAUUGCAACAAAGGCCGCCGGAUGGACAGCGCUCCACUUGGCAGCCCAAGAAGGGCAUGAUAAGGUGGUUCAAUGUCUUCUGGAUGGCGGUGCCGGUAUAGAUAUUGCAACAAAGGCCGACGGAUGGACAGCGCUCCACUUGGCAGCUGAUAAAGGGCACGAUAAGGUGGUUCAAUGUCUUCUGGAUGGCGGUGCUGGUAUCGAUAUUGCAACAAAGGCCGCCGGGUGGACAGCGCUCCACUGGGCAGCCAAUAAAGGGCACGAUAAGGUGGUUCAAUGUCUUCUGGACGGUGGCGCUCGCGAAGAUAUUACGAACCGCUAUGGAUAUACAGCACCCAAGUUGGCGAACCAGAUGAUCAAUCCGAAAAUUAUUAGGUCAUUACAAAAAGGGAGGAUCGAUACAGGACAAGAAGAAGAUUCUGAUUCUGAUUCUUAUUAUGAUUUCGACCCUAAUCCAGAAACCUCUUGA